AUGAACGUUCAAAGAUCUCCGUCUGUGGCUAAAGUUGGUCUUGCUAGCUGCCAGCCCGAUCUUGCUAAAUGUGAUAUUGAGGUUACACAGCAACGCAAUACUACCCUCCGAGGAUCAAAAAGAAAACAACCAGAAGAAACAAUGAAAUUAGAACUAAAUGACUUUAGGAAAGAGAUGAUGUCCUUUCUUACCGAUUUCAAAACUUCCCAGGAUGAGAACAUUAAAAAAAUAUAUGAAGAAAUAUCAUCAUUAAAAGAACAACUAUGUGAUCUAAAAUAUAUAUCAGACAGUCUUUCUCAGGACCAAGUAAAUAUUAAGGACACUUUAAAUGCUAUACACUCAGCUCAACAGGCCACAGCUGCCACAAUCACCGAAAUGCAAAUCUCCUUAGAAUUCUCAUCCAAACGCAUUGAUACCCUACAAGAACUCGCAACUUCUUCCGAAGAAAAACUUAAGAUACAAAGUCGUGAAAUCUUGGAAAUGCAAGUGAUAUUAGAUAAGCUUUCCAUAGAAAACCGAAGACAAGAACAGUGGGCACGUCAAUUGAAUGUAGAAAUGGUGGGAGUACCAGAAAGUAAAAAUGAAGAUCUAACCAGUUUAGUAUUACGCAUCGCAGAAAAAGUGGGUGUUGCGAUGAGCGCCGGAGAUAUAGAAAGCUGCACAAGAGUGCAAGCUAAAAAUCCCGUUAAAGGUCGACCUCGUAAUAUUAUCAUAAAAAUGCGCUCCCGUAUUUACAAGGAUAAUCUUAUUGCUGGCGUUAAAAAACAUCGUGGCAUCACCACUGGAGAUCUCGGGCAUGGAGGCGUGCAUCAGUAUAUAGUAAACAGUGUUAUUACAAAUAUUUGGAGACUACUCAACAAGCCAUAUUGA